AUGAUAGAGCUGAAUCGACAUUUUGGGGCAUUUGCAGUGGUGGUCACAAUUAUCUUCUUUGCCCUGCAACCGACUGAGUGGGCAACGAAGUUGAAAGUAGGAAAGGAAAAAGUAAGCAAUUUGCAGUUCUAUUUCCAUGACACAGUUGUGGGACAGAACGUGACGGUUGUGGAAGCGGCGUCUGCUGCAUCUACCAAAAAUUCGCCCACUUUCUUUGGAACGGUGAUGGUGAUGGAUGACCCCUUGACGGAAGGCCCUGAGCCAACCUCCAAAUUGUCGGGCAGAGCUCAGGGUUUGUAUGCAAUGAUCAGUCAACAAGAUAUUCAACUGCUAAUGGCGGUCACUUACGUUUUUCAGAGUGGAGAGUUUAAGGGAAGCACACUUAGCGUGGUGGGGCACAACGCUGUGUUUAACGAGGUUAGGGAAAUGCCAAUUGUGGGAGGAAGUGGAAAAUUCAGGUUUGCUCGAGGGUAUGCCCUCGCCCAGACAUACUCCUUCGACCUCACCACAGACAAUGCAGUCGUCCAUUACAAUGUCACUGUGCUUCAUUACUCAUCUCCACCA